GUUUCACGGUUGAAGGAGACGAUCCAGGAAAAUCGGGAAGAGCGGGAUCGGAUCCUGCUGGAUAAGGAAUUGCUGCUCCAAAGGUUCCAGGAGCUGCAGGAGGAGCUGGAAAAUCGGAAGAGAUCCCAGGAGGAGCGAGCUCGGAAUUCCAAAGCGUUGGAGGAAAAAUCCAAACGUUUGGAAUUGGAGCUGGACGAGGAGCGGAGCUCGGUGGAGCUGCUGAGCGAGAGGGUGACCAGGAGCCGGGAUCAGAUCGAGCAGCUCCGGGCUGAGCUGCUCCAGGAGCGUUCGAGCCGCCAGGACCUGGAAUGUGACAAAUCCUCCCUGGAGCGCCAGAAUAAGGAGCUGAAGAACCGGCUGGCGGCUUCCGAGGGGCAGCAGAAACCCGGGAAUGCUCGGAAUUCGCAGCUGGAAUCGCAGCUGGAAGAGCUCCGGGAUCGGCUCCAGGGAGAAGAGCGUCCUGCUCUCAUCCAACCGGAAGCUGGAGAGGAAGAUGAAGGAAUUGUCGCUGCAGUUGGACGAGGAACGGCGCAGCAGCGACAGCCAGAGGGAUCAGGUGGGGCCGGAAUUCCGGGAAAAUCACGGAUUGGGAAAGGUUGA